AUGGGGAGAUUCUCAUUUCUUACGCUCUUUUUGUUCCUUACCGUCAAGGCAGCAAGCUGGAACCAUACACAACCUGGAAUCGAGACUUAUCCAACAGUCUUCAAAGCCACAGGCUUCAAGUCAACGGAACAUCAAUUCGGUCUAGGAACCGUCCCAAUAACUCAGUUGGGACCUGGCGAGAUUGAUGAUCCGUGGAUCUCGAGACUCAUCGAUGGAUGUCCUCAGCCCUGUAGCGUCGUAGGUUCUGAUCCUGCCAAUUGGACACUUCUAUACACCCAGCCAGCCCUCACGGAUUGCAGAUUGCCGCUACUGUUCGACCUUAACGUUCAAAGUACUGAGACCAGAUAUCCUAUAAUCCGCGCCUGCACAGCUAGCUCCGAAAAGCCAAUACCCAAGCGUGCUGCCUCAUCCAUCCCCGUUACAAACCACUCAAACAAUACCACAAAGAAUGUGACAGCUGAAACUGAGGAUUUAAUACCCAAUACUAUGACACCCGUCUCCUCAUCAUCCAUUUGUGGUGCUAAAGGGGUCAUUAUAGAUGUACUCUUCACCAUCAACCCAUCCAUUCUCACGCCAGGGGAUGAUACUGCCUCCGCUGUUAGCAUAUUGUCAUCCCACCUUGCCAAUAGUGCUUCUUGCGGUGAAAAAAUUCUUCUCGCCAAACUGGGCUCCGUGGUCGUUGGUCUAUAUAUUGGUGCGGAUAUCCAGAUUACUGCAGCUGCUAAAACUAUCAAUAAAUUCGGUGUCAUGUCGCAGAAGCUAACUUCGUGGCCUACGCUACUUAGUGUUGUUCUCAAAAAGGGGGCCCAGGCUAUACAGACGUGUAAUACCUCAAUCAGAGAAGCACGCACUGUUGGCUUGUUUGCGGUUGAAAAAACCGAGGACCUGUAUAUGGUCCAAAGCGCAUUGAAACAAUGGGCUAACGGGGGGUGUCUUUAUUUUCCCAGGAGUAGAGUCCUUGCAACCAUUGCUGAGCUAGGUGUUCUCACUGCUGGUGAGCCUAACAAUCUCACUGACCUGGAUACCCGGCCAAUAUGGCGCCAUACCCGACCAAUGUUACCGCACGCAAAGUCUGGUUUUCACUCACUCGCAAUUAGAGCGGACUGCAGAGCCAUCCAAGUCGGCGCAGGGGACAGCUGCACGGCAUUAUCAGUACGAUGCGGUAUUCGCGGCAGCGAUUUCCUCAAACUCAACCCUGUGACAAAUCUCUGCUCAACCCUAAUGCCAAAGCAGUGGGUUUGCUGCUCGGGAGGCACUCUUCCGGAUAGAAGACCAAAGCCCCAACCUGACGGCACAUGUGCUACACAUACUGUCGUUGUCGGAGAUGGCUGCUUUGCUAUCGCUGACAACUACGGGAUUACGGUGAACGAUAUAGACAAACUAAAUAAGGGGACCUGGGGCUGGGCUGGCUGUAACAGACUUCAGCCUGGCCAAGUUAUCUGCCUUAGUAAAGGAAAUACCCCUAUGCCAGCCGAAAUUGCUGGAGUUGAUUGCGGCCCGCAGAAACCUGGAACUAAGAAACCCUCCGGCAAAUUUGAUGGACGGGAUCUAGCAAAGCUCAAUCCAUGCCCUUUGAAUGCGUGUUGCUCAGGCUGGGGCUUUUGUGGUAUAACUGCUGAAUUCUGCACAGAGUCUCCGGCUGAUACAGGUGCCCCUGGUUCUUUUAAACAUGGUACUAAUGGCUGUAUCUCCAAUUGUGGUACUAAAAUUGUGGGCAAUAAGACUCCGGGAGGUAGUUUUGCUCGGGUCGGUUACUUUCAGGCUUAUAACUUCCACCGGGACUGUUUAUACCUUGACGCUAGAAAGAUCGAGGAGAAUUUUAAAGACCUAACCCACGUGCAUUUUGCAUUUGCAGGUCUUACUGAGGACUUCAACAUCAAUAUUGGAGACAAUAUUCGGGAGCAAUUCGAUUUAUUUAAUUCGAUGAAGGCACCCUUCAAAAAGAUCUUAUCUGUGGGUGGAUGGGCCGAGUCAACGGAACCUGGAACCUACAGUCGCUAUCGGGAGGCUGUAAGCCCAAAGAACCGGUAUAUAUUCGCUCAAAACGUUGUAAAGUUUCUUGAUAGCCAUAAUCUGGACGGCAUUGAUUUUGACUGGGAGUACCCUGGUGCCACGGACCAAGGGAUUCCGGCAUCAAACCCCUACGACGCAGAAAAUUAUUACAGAUUUCUUACGCAAUUACGAGUCCUUCUCGGAACCGCCCCAGGAUCACGAUCUCUUUCCAUUGCUAUUCCAGCAUCAUACUGGUACCUCAAACCCUUCCCAGUCCGUGCAAUUUCAGUGGUCGUUGAUUACUUCAUUUACAUGACGUAUGAUCUUCAUGGUCAGUGGGAGACAUAUAGCGCCCUUGCUAUGAUCACAAAGGCUGGUGUGGUACCUGAAAAGGUCUUCGUGGUUUCUACUAAGUCAAUGAAGGCCACUGACUUGAAUACGGCAGUUGCAAAUGCCGAGCUCCAGAAAAUUCUUGAGUAUACCGACAAAGGAGAAAAGGGAUUUGAAGCUAAGAAGUGGUAUGAUGCAGAGACGGACUCAGAUAUUAUGACCUGGUUAGCUCACUAA